UUGGAAAGGGAGGUGUCACCGCCCACAGUGCAUGUAUGUUUAGCAUUCACAGACAUCCUCAAUUCAACCCAACUGUGAGACAAGAACUGCCAUAUCGAUAGCGAUACAUCUGCACAACAAUCUGCUAUUACAACAUCUUCUAUAUCGUGGUGGUUAUAUUGUCAGGACAGAAGGCGACGCAUUCAUGUGCGCAUUCCAACAACCCUUGUCGCGGUAUGGUCAAGCAUUUUCAACUUCUUCACGCAUCCUAGCCUCCAGAGAUGCAAAAUUGCGAAGAAGGCAAAGAGGUCUACGAUGAAGACGGAAACCCUCUUCCACGCGGCCUUUCUGUCCCUAUGGGCAUCCACUCUGGAACUCCAGCAUGCGAACUAGAACCUAUCGCUCGCAGCAUGGAUGAUCUCAGAUCUAUGGUCAGUCGAUGCGCCCGUGUCAGUGCCAGUGCGUUGGCUGGACAAAUCAUGUGCAGUGCCGACGUUGUUCGCAAAAUCAAUGCAAGUUUAUUGAAUUCCGGUCCGGUCCCGAAAUCUCAGCCAGCUCGGGCUAUCAAAGAGAUCCGGCAACUGCACACGUCCCUGUUGCUGAAAUCAAAUUGAAGGGACUGGAGGUUCCGGAGGUGGCUUCCCUUGUCUACCGUGCAGCCUUGCUAAGACGCCAGCGUUUGGUUGUAUCUAGGGUGAAUCUGUGCACGUCCCCGUCAUUAUCCACCCCCGGGUUAUUAUACCAAUA